AUGUCGAUUAGAGAAGGACGUGCGCCCAAUUCUAGUUCGCCGGAGUCCUUGAUGGUGGUGAAUCUCUCCACCUAUCGGAUUGAAGGCGAAUUCGAUGCUGGUGGCUGCGGCACGGUGUUGGUGGGCAGCCAUGCCCGCUCCAAGCAGCCGGUGGUGAUGAAAAUGGCCAGCAAAGAGGUGGACCGGCUCCUGCUCGCCACGGAGCGCCGGAUCUAUGCGCGGCUGCCGAAGGCCCGUGGAUGGCCCAGACUCAUCGACGCCGGUACGUAUCGCAAACGCGACGUGCUGGUUUUGGAGCGCCUGGGGCCAUCACUGCAGGACUUACUGAACUUGUGCGGAGGACGCUUCGGUCUGAAGACGGUUUCGCAGCUAGCGCUGCAACUGCUCGACAGGCUGGAAACAUUCCACGAGCUGGGGUACGUUCACCGCGACCUGAAGCCGGACAAUGUCCUGCUGGGUCGCGGAACGACCCGCAAGACGCUGCACUUGAUCGACUUCGGUCUUGCCGAGCCGUAUCGGCACCCACGCACGGGGGAACACAUAGCGCAGGAUGCGUUUUUCCCGUGCGCCGGAACGAUCGAGUUUGCACCAGUGUUCGCUCAUCUGGAGUAUACCGAGCAGGCGAGAUGA